UCUAAAGAAUCGAUGGAUUGAAUGCGAAUCAUUCAAACAAAGUGAAGCUAAUAGCUGACUCUAGCUAGCUAUGUACCUCUCAGCCAAAACUUUCUCUUUCCUCUACGAAACAUUGGCCUUCAUGGAUCAUGUUGUUGUAUUCAUCAGCCACCCCAUUGAGUAACCAAAUGUGUUUUCAGGACUUUCCAUAGCGGCAGUGCCAUUUUGAUCAUGGCAUCCUGAACCAAUUCACUUCCACUCCAUAGUCUACAUUUGCUAUUUGAUGCUCGCAUUCCGUCAAGGCCUUCAAGCUGUUUCAAAGCACCGAAUGAUGCUCCCAGUUCGACAAACAUUUCCUUUUUCACACUUCGGAACAAGAUCUUGCUGAGACAAAAUAUAAAACAAAUGUAUCUUAUGUUGAAGGUGGAAGACUGCUGCUACGUUCAGUGGUACCAGUGUAUUUCAGACCCCUAAUCAGACGAUAACCAGCGCAUUAACAAUUUAGUGCCCUCUUUGUGUCACUUGGGGUGGAGGCAUCUUGUCCUUGUUCACAAAGUGCUAGCAAAAAUAGCAGUGAUCAAGCAAAGAUAUUUGCCCCUGCAGCAAUCGAGUUUUUAUAUUCGUAGCAAGAAACCCUCCAAAAAGUGCUGGGCUUUUGUUUUGUCGUCGAGCUCCAAACCUUUCCUGUCUUCAGAUAUCUUUUGCUCUUUCCUUUGUGUAGACCAUGGCCACUACAAUCCCCCCACCUCCUUCCGGUUUGUCUCGAGCCCGAUCUCGCGGCCUGAAGAAGAAGCUCAGCAGAGGCCUCCAUAACAACUCGAGACCGAACCUACGCUCGUUCUCGCCUCCGGAUGACCACAGUGACGGCUGCGACGAUGUGAGCUUUCCUUCGUCUCGUCAGAGUAACAGUGCUGGAUCUCGUGGCCGUCGCAGUGUCAAGUCGGGUGUGGAUUUGAUUGGAUUGUUGGGCAGCGAAAGUGUGGGUGGCUGCCAGAGCCUCUCUACGGCGAGAGAACCCUCUCGUCAUGUCAGUAUCGCCAGUCUCCGUGCCACAAAUUUUACAGCUGCUCCUUCUGGUGUCAAGAAUGGCGAAGUCAAGCGCCGCAGUUCCCUGCCCACCGACUCGAAGCGAGGGUCCCUUCAUCGUGGCAGCCAGAGCCUCCGGUCUCUUCGCAAGUCGCUUCACAAUUCGAGCCACGGAUCGGGUCAUCUCGAGGAUAUUAUUGACACGCCUCCCAUUUCGAUUCGAACGGGAGGACAAGAGUUGGACAUUUCGGGUCACUCCUUUGCAUCGUUUGCGUGCAGUGAGGCCACCAUGGAUAGCUCCUACAAUACGGCGGCGUUCUUUGCGGAACUGACAGACGAGAGUAAGCAGCCAGGGUUGGUGGAGCUGGGUCCGGAUUCGCAGUCGACCUUUACGACGCAUACAGAAGACGUGCAACACGUCUUUGAGGGCAGCUACCGAACGUUGGAGAAUGUUACGGGCAAGGCAGAACUCAUGGGAAAGCACCCGAGUCAGCACAGUGAUCACACCAUGGAAAUGGAAGUUGCCCCAGGAGUCUACCUCCCCUUUCGUGGCCCCAAGGAGACCUGGCGUGCGUUGGACAAUGGUACCGCUUUGGAGACGGCCUGUAUGGAUUGCAGUGUUGUCUUGAUUAGUGUUCCCGAUUGCGAGAAUGUGGUGUGUCCGGAUUGUCACAUGGUGAACCCCAUCUUUGACCAUGCAAAAGGAACGACUCCCUUUGGAGUGGGGAUUGGAUUGAAGAAGGAUUGGGCUACUUCGAGGUAGGCAGGCAUAGGUAUGGCAUAGCAUCGCAACGGAUCAAGGCAAGGCAAGCUACGGUUUCCUGGGUAUGCCGUGCAGGUACUGGAUACCAUUGGGAAAGGACCCAGCCUCGAAUCGAAUCACGUUACCAAGAUCCCGUCAUUCAUGCUCCUAUCUUUUGCGGGCAGAUGCCAGGUGAAGACUAUAUUAUGCAGCCCGCACCGCACACCAAAGAAUCAAUUGACCCAAGGGAAUGAAACAAAUGAGCGCGCUUCAGUUACAUAGUACGCAUGCACAAAUGAGGAUUGCAUUGAUGGAAGUGAAAUCUUGAUUGGCAUCCAUGACCAUCGGUUGUACCGUAGCCACCAGCUAUUAAUAAUAGUCUAGAAUAAUACACAGACAGUUCUAUUUACACGUACCAGUACAUGGA